AACGUCCUUCGGAUGAAGUUUCACUUGAACGAACCGAGCUUACUAGAUGGCAGCACUACAGUUGUCCGGUAGAGAGCAAAGCGUUGUAGAUUUGCAGAGUAUUCUAGAGCUUUUGAUCGUGAAGGAAUUGAUAAUAAUCAAUAUUGUUUAAUAAAAACAUUACAAAAUGUCUUCUCUGACAAAACCGAAGUCUGAGAUGACUCCAGAGGAAUUGGCAAAGAGAGAGGAAGAGGAAUUCAACACCGGGCCUCUCUCAGUUCUAACACAAUCCGUCAAGAAUAAUACCCAAGUAUUAAUAAAUUGUAGAAACAACAAAAAGUUAUUAGGACGUGUAAAAGCUUUUGACAGACAUUGCAAUAUGGUUUUGGAAAACGUAAAAGAAAUGUGGACUGAACUUCCACGCACAGGAAAAGGCAAGAAAAAGGCAAAACCGGUAAACAAAGACAGAUUUAUUCCAAAAAUGUUUCUACGCGGUGAUUCCGUGAUUUUGGUUCUGAGAAAUCCAUUGGCAACUGCAGCAGGAAAAUAAAUUAAGAAUAACUUUAAUUUUAUAAUUUUACUUUUAAGGCUAAUGCUACAAUAAAUGAAAUAAAAAUUUUUGAUACGAACACAAUAGCGUUUAUUAACGCUAUAAACCUUUUUUGCACAAAUUUUUGGUCUUAUGUAUAAUAGUUAAAUAUUAAGUAAAAAAGUGUAUUAAGCAGGACAAGUUUAUUUCUUAUGAAUUGUAUACAACAUUGUUAAUCCUUUUCGGCAAUUGCGGUUAAAUGUUUAUCAAUCUCUUGCUCGGUCAGUAUACUGUAACAGAAAAAUUGAUAAUAAAGAAAAGUCCAAUAAAAAUUAAGAUUUUCCA